AUGGUGAGAAGUCGACGGGCACCGCUACUGGACUGGGAGGAGGUUCCUCCCGCAGAGAACCUGUUCCACACCAAGAAGAGGAGAAGGACGAUCGAUCGUGGCCGUGUUGUGGUGACAUUUGAUACAAGAUCAGGUAACAUGUUAGAGUGGUGUCUGCCAGGGGACAUGAACCUGGAGGGAGUAGAGUUCAAGGCUAUGGCCAGCGGCUCCCACAGAGUCUCCAGCGACUUCAUAUACUUCCGUAAGGGCGGGUACUUUGGCCUGGCGUGCUUUGCCAACAUGGCGGUGGAGAGUGUGGUGGAGAGGGGGGCAAGAAUGAAGUCUGUGGGUAUCCUGUCAACCUCYUACACCCUGCUGUACCGAUACAUGGGCUUCCUGGAACACCAAGUCAGUCACAGUCGUCUCCCUGUGUACUGCUGCUGUUGCCUGGCCAACGUGUCCAUCCCGGGGGUGGGCGUGGCCGUGCCAGAGUUCCGCCCCUUCUUCUAUGUCAACGUGGCAGACAUCGAUACCCUGGAUACGGAACUGUCCUACGUAGCAUGCACCACAGAGAAGAUCUUUGAGGAGAAGCGGGACCUGUAUGAUGUCUAUGUGGAUAACCAGAAUGUGAGGACRACCAGAGAGAGUCUGAAGCCUUUACUGCGUCUCAACACUGCAGACCGAGAGAAGUACCGCAAACUCACUGAACAGAGGCAGAUGCUGUUAUAUUCUCAGGAGGAGAAUGGAGACUGUGUGUCCAGUGAAGAGGACCACUUCAUUCUGUUUUUCCUGGAGCAGAAUAACCGUAUCUUCCAGACGCUGAGUGAGGUGGCAGGGAGCCCUGAGCCCAUCCUAACCCAGGAGAGUGUGAGGGCCAUGGGGCUAGACCCUCACGGAGACAGGCUCUUCCUACUCCACCUGCUGGAGACAUACGGCUAUGACAGCCUCCUGGUCACCGAUCACCCUUGCUGCAGCUGAGGCCUGGGUGGCACACUGACUGACAUACAGGGUCCUACACACCUAGACACACAGACUCAAUACAGACAGUCUGGAGCCUGGACUAUGAGAGGUCAGAAUACUUUGGCAAGGCUGAGACCAGAGCCUGUAUUCAUAAAGCGUCUCAGUAGUGCUGAUCUCAGAUCCGUUUAGUCUUUUAGAGCUCAUUACAUGGACAGGGGGGACCUGAUCCUAGAUCAGCAUUCCUACUCAGAUGCUUUAUGAAUACGGGAGACUCUCAGGCCAAAAAAGCAAAUGAACGGAGAGACCCACUGAACMAGAAAAGACUAAUGGAAUUUGGUUCUUGGYACUGUCCUGUGACAUUCAUGGAUGCUCAGUCUGGAUUGUUAACCAUCGCCUUCCUGCCUGUCAAUAAAAUGUACAGUACA